AUGAGUACGGCGGGCAAGUCCAGGCCCACUGGCGACCGAGAGCUCGAAAGUGCGGAGGACAGCAUCUCCAGCCUAGAGGCGAGGGAAGCAGAGAUCCACAAGCUGGCCAGGCAGUUCACGGAUCCGAGCAAUGAAUUGAUCUCUGCAUACAAUCCCUUUGCUGCGGAGCCUGGAUCCGCUCUGGACCCCAAUGGUGACAAUUUCAACGCCCGUGCCUGGUGCAAGGCCAUGCUCCGGAUGUACACCGAAGAUAGCCAAGCUCAUCCAGCCAGGACCCUCGGAGUGUCCUUCAGCAACCUGAAUGUGCACGGUUUUGGUUCGGAUACCGAUUUCCAGAAGAGCGUGGGCAACGUCUGGCUGGAGGCUGUCGGCCUGGCAAGGAGGCUUAUGGGUCGACGUCAGCGCAAGAUCGGUAUUCUGCAGGAUUUGGAAGGCCUAGUGGAGGCUGGAGAAAUGCUUGUCAUCCUUGGACCACCCGGGUCGGGGUGCACGACUUUCUUGAAGACCAUGGCUGGAGACGCGUACGGCCUGUAUGUCGACGAGAACUCAAGCCUCAAUUACCAAGGUGUGAGCGCAAAGCAAAUGGCCAGCGCGUUUAGGGGAGAGGCCAUCUAUACCGCUGAGGUCGACGUCCAUUUCCCCAAGCUCACCGUGGGGGAUACUCUCUACUUCGCUGCCCGGGCCCGAGCACCACGAUACGUUCCCGGAGGAGCAACAGUACACCGAUACGCCACACAUAUGCGAGACGUUAUCAUGGCCAUGUUCGGUAUCUCUCAUACCAAGAACACUAUUGUGGGAAGCGAAUUUAUCCGCGGUGUCUCUGGUGGAGAGCGCAAGCGUGUCAGUAUUGCCGAAGCGUGUCUGGGCAUGGCUCCGCUGCAAUGUUGGGAUAACUCUACUCGUGGUCUCGACAGUGCUAAUGCCAUUGAAUUUUGCAAGACCCUUCGCAUGCAGGCGGACAUAAAUAGCGUCACUGCCUGCGUUUCGCUUUACCAGGCCCCUCAGGCUGCCUAUGAUCAAUUUGACAAGGUCCUGGUCCUGUAUGAGGGUCGCCAGAUUUUUUUUGGUCGUACAGCUGCGGCUAAGAAGUACUUUGUUAAUAUGGGUUUCAUCUGCCCUGAUCGCCAAACAGAUGCUGAUUUCCUUACCUCCAUGACCAGUCCUCUCGAGCGUGUCGUGCGGCCAGGUUAUGAAAGCCACGUUCCCCGGACGCCCGACGAAUUCGCCGCCAGGUGGAAGGCGUCAGCCGAGCGAGUGCAGCUUCUGCGAGACAUUGAGGUUUACAACGCAAAGUUCAUCCUCGGCGGAGAAUACCUGGGCAACUUCAAGCAAUCCCGCAGAGCUCAGCAAGCAAAAGUCCAGCGUGUAUCAUCACCCUACACUCUUUCAUAUAUUCAGCAGAUUGAGUUGUGUUUAUGGCGCGGAUACAAACGAUUGAAGGGAGAUCCUAGUGUCACAGUCUCUUCAUUAAUUGGAAAUUCAAUCAUGGCUCUUGUCAUCGCGAGUAUCUUCUACAACCUUCAGCCUGACACCAACAGCUUCUUUCAGCGCAGUGCCCUCCUAUUCUUUUCUGUUCUCAUGAAUGCGUUCGGCUCUGGCCUUGAAAUGCUCACACUCUAUGCCCAACGAGGGAUUGUGGAGAAACACUCUCGAUAUGCCCUCUACCACCCAUCUGCUGAAGCAUUCGCAUCAAUGCUGAUGAAUUUGCCUUACAAGAUUCUGAAUGCCAUCACUUACAACUUGAUUCUCUACUUCAUGACAAACCUGAGACGAGAACCUGGCGCUUUCUUCUUCUUUGUGUUUACUUCCUUCAUCCUUACCCUAACCAUGUCCAUGUUCUUCCGGUCCAUUGCUUCGCUGACAAGAACUCUUGUUCAAGCCCUACCAUUUGCUGUGAUUUUGAUCCUGUCUCUGAGCAUGUACACUGGUUUUGCAAUCCCAAGACAGUACAUGUUAGGAUGGGGCCGCUGGAUCUCGCGUAUCAACCCUAUCAACUACGGCUUUGAGUCUCUGAUGAUCAAUGAGUUCCAUGGCCGCGACUUCGUCUGUGUCAACUACGUCCCGUCAGGUCCUGGCUACGCAGGCCUCAGCCCGAGCAACCAUGUCUGCUCCACAUUAUCCUAUGGCUAUCUCGCCUCGCACAAGUGGAGGAACAUCGGCAUCAUAUUUGCCUUCAUGUUCAUUCUCAUGUCGGUUUAUCUGGCUGCUACCGAGAUAGUCACCGAAAAGAAGUCAAAGGGCGAGAUCCUGGUCUUCCGUCGCGGACAUAAAGCCCUAAAGAAGGGCAAGUCAGAGAAGGAUGUCGAAAGCGGUAGUGACCGCAUCAUUGCUGUGGAAGAGCAGACCCAAUCGGAUGAGCUUGCCAUUAUACAGCGCCAGACUGCCAUUGUCCAGUGGAGAGAUGUCUGCUAUGAUAUCAAAAUUGGGAAAGAGAAUCGCAGGAUUCUUGGUCGCAUUGAUGGAUGGGUCAAACCGGGGACCUUGACCGCGCUUAUGGGUGUCUCUGGCGCUGGAAAAACCACGCUAUUAGAUGUUCUGGCUACUCGUACCACCAUAGGUGUUAUCACGGGGGAGAUCCUUGUUGAUGGCAAGCCUCGGGAUGAGUCCUUCCAGCGCAAGACUGGCUACGCCCAACAACAAGAUUUGCACCUAAAUACCUCUACAGUUCGCGAGGCCCUAACCUUCUCUGCCCUUCUGCGCCAGCCUGCUCAUGUCCCUCGGCAAGAGAAGAUUGACUAUGUCACCGAAGUCAUCAAACUGUUAGAUAUGACUGAGUAUGCUGAUGCUAUCAUUGGGGUACCUGGUGAAGGCCUCAAUAUCGAGCAACGCAAACGUCUUACCAUCGGUGUGGAGCUUGCAGCCAAGGCCGCUCUGCUUCUUUUCUUAGAUGAACCUACCUCUGGACUUGAUUCUCAGACAUCAUGGGCCAUUCUCAGUCUUCUUGAUAAGCUGAAGAAGAACGGACAGGCAAUUCUGUGCACUAUCCAUCAACCUUCCGCAAUGCUGUUCCAGCGCUUCGAUCAUCUCCUCUUUCUCCAGGCUGGGGGUCGCACUGUCUACUUUGGUGAAGUUGGUGAAAACUCACAAAUUCUUAUUGACUACUUUGUCCGCAAUGGGGCCCCUCCGUGCCCGCCGGACGCCAAUCCUGCCGAAUGGAUGCUCGAUGUCAUUGGCGCCGCUCCCGGUUCCCAUACUGAUAUCGACUGGUUUGAUACAUGGCGCAAAUCUCCCGAGUAUGCUCGCGUCCAAGAACAUCUCGCCGAACUGAAACAGGAACGAUCUCACCAGGUCGACCGCUCCCGCUCCACCUUGUACCAGACGCCUCAGGAUAAGGCCAGCUACCGCGAGUUCGCCGCACCCUUCUCUGAACAGCUCCGCGAAGUCCAGCUUCGAGUCUUUCAGCAAAUCUGGCGCUCUCCCACUUACAUAUAUUCCAAGGCUUUGCUGUGUGUGAGCUCCGCUCUCUUCGUUGGAUUCUCUCUGUUUCGUACGCCCAAUACGAUCCAGGGGCUACAGAAUCAGAUGUUUGCUAUCUUUAUGUUGUUGACUCUGUUUGGUCAGCUCAUCCAGCAGAUCAUGCCACACUUUAUUGCUCAGCGCGAUUUGUACGAGGCUCGCGAACGUCCUUCCAAAGCCUACUCUUGGAAAGCUUUCAUUAUAUCUAAUAUUAUAGUCGAGCUUCCUUGGAACUCGAUUAUGUCUGUCCUAAUGUUCCUAUGCUGGUAUUAUCCUGUGGGUUUGUACCGCAAUGCUGAGCCUACUGACACUGUUGCGCUCCGCGGCGCGCAGAUGUGGCUCUUCAUCUGGACGUUUCUUCUCUUCUCAUCCACCUUUGCACACUUUAUGAUCGUUGCUUUUGAGAGUGCUGAAAAUGUUGGUAAUAUGGGCAAUCUGCUCUUCAUGCUCUGUCUGCUUUUCUGCGGUGUCCUGGCUACACCUGACCAGUUUCCGGGGUUCUGGAUCUUCAUGUAUCGGGUUUCGCCAUUCACCUACUGCCCCAUCAGCAACACGAAUGUCUACCUUGCUUCUGUCUCGUCCCAAUAUUCAGAUGUGUGGCGAAACUUUGGCAUUAUGUGGGUCUACAUUGUCUUCAACAUAUUUGCGGCGUGUGCGCUGUACUGGUGGGUGCGUGUUCCAAAGGUUAAGGCUCCCAAGAACAACGUCUGA